AUGAAUAUAAGUCUCAAAAAUAUAUUUAAAGACAUUGAUCGUCGUUAUGGUAUUACAUAUCGACGUUUGAAACGAAGAUCUCGACGAUCAUUGAUAUUCUGUAUUAUUGGUACUAUUAUUGUAUUUUAUUUACUAUCGAAAUUGAUACCUCAUCAAGGAACAUAUAAUAAAAAUAUUCAUUAUGAUGAAUGUCUACGUAAUAGAUUGGAAAAGUUUUCACAUGAUCAAGAAGAAAUGAAUAGUAUAUUCAACCAUGAACCACUUCAAUAUGGAGAAAUUGCCAGUUUACCAUUUACAGGCAAUGGUUAUCUUGGUUUAUCCCUAUCCAGUCAAUCUCAAAUUCAAUUUUUAACUGAUAUUCGUUCUCCAUUUAUAUCCAGUGGUUAUUCACCAAUUGUUCAAAUAUCGUCUGAUACAUGGGAAGCUUCCAGUGCAACAAUAGUACAAAUGAAACAAGGUCUUGUAAGACGUAUUCAAUGUUUUAAAUUUAGUAAAGAACGUUCCGCAUAUGUAACGCAUUUAUUAUAUGCACAUCGACAAAGAACAUCAUUGAUUGUUCAAGAAAUUGAGAUAAUCAAUCCAACUGAAAAUACACUUGAUAUUGAUUUACAACAAAAAAGUCAAAUAUCUAAAACUGAUUUUAAACAACUUGAUCAACAAGAUGUGCAAUUUGAUUCAACUAAAGAUAUAUAUUUAAUGACAACUAAUCAAAUAUCUACUCGACAGAAUAAUUUGAUUAUUUUCGUUAUUAUUACUAAUAAAAUUAUAAUUAAUAGUCAUGUUAAACCUGGUAGUCAAGAAAAACAAACGAUUUUAACUGUUGUUAAAUUUUCUUCACUUCUUGCAAAAAAUUCUCUAUCUAAUGAAACUUAUUUUCAACAAGUGCAAAAUAAAUUACAACAACAAGCUAAAGAUGAUAUGUCCGAUGCUUUAUCAGCAUCAUCAUUAAGAUUAUUGAAAGAACAUACUGAUACAUGGUCAUCAAUAUGGCAAAGUGGUUUUAGAAUAAGUCGUUCAUUAGCACCAUCAGCUAUGAAUGGUGAUAUUAUUAAUAGAACUAUUUAUUAUGUCAUUUGUUCAACACCAUCACCAAUUUAUGAACUAAAUAUUAAUGAAACAAAAAGAAAUGAAUUAAAUCAAAGUCUUUUUCAAAUAGAUCAAUGCUAUGAAAGUCAUUCCACAUUAAUUGGUGAAAAAUUAUGGAUCGCACCGGGUGAUGAUUUAGCCGUAUCACAACUAGCACAUCUCUGGCGGUCGACAUUAUCUCGAAAAGGUUGUUUUACAUUGAUGCGAAGUGGUGCUAAUGGUGUUCUACAAUCCAUGUUGCUAUCAAUUGGUGGUAUACGUUUUCGUAAUCAUCAUCUUGAAAUGUAUUUAGAUCCAAAAGAUCUUCAUCGUGAUAUGUUUUUUCGUUCGAUUAAUUUUGGUAAACAAUAUCAUGUAAAUAUAAGUAUUACAGUAGGACAUGAUAAUCGUGCUGUUAUUGAUGUAUCAGUUGAUAAUGAAAAUGCACAAGCAUAUGCAUGUGAUGCUGGUUGUUUAGAUCCACCAACGAAACUUAGUCCUCAUCCAGUUCGAUUUCCUGUAAAAAUGACAAGUCCACCAACUGCCAUUCUUUAUAUAACAGAAGAUUUUGAAUAUAUGUCACAAUUAAAAGAUACAUUACAUGUUAAAGAAGUUGAAAUAGCUCCUCCUCAUGCACACGAUGUUCUUGCACUUCAUCGACAUGGUCAUAAACUUGGUGGUUUACCCAUAAUCUUCUGGAUUGCAUUGGCAUUUUUAAUAAUUAUUUUUCAUUUAUUUUUAUUAAAAAUAGUUCUUAAUGAAAUGGGUUUUUUCAAGCAUACAUUACCAACAUAUACAAGAGCACGUGUUCUCUAA